CCAAACUCUUGUUAAAACACUACUUCGUUUUUGUUUUGUUGUGGUGGUGAUAAGAGAUUGUAUGGAGUGCCCAUCGUCGGAAAGAAGGAGCGGAAACGUCAUGUUUUGCGAUACCUCACCUAUAGUAUCCAGUCUCGUGGAAUCGAUGGCAUAAUGCAGGGGCAAAGACGUUAAAGAAUUGUAGCGCUGCUGGCGAAAAUUCGGUGCUCUUGGUUGUCUAAUACUCGUUCUACUGGGCGCAAGCCCGUUGACACCACCAAAUAACAGUAAUAGGAAGAACGGAACGUCGACCACCAUUCGGCUCAGAAGCCGUUUUCCCCGCCUCAUCUCGACGUUAUUUAUCCCUGUUGACGGAAACGAGGCCGAAUGAUUCAUGCUUCGAUGGUGUUACAACGGAACUGUUGAGUAAAUCAAAUAGGUUUCUGCUUCGAAUUUAAAAUGCUGGAUUCGUUGAAGGUAUUAUUAGUGUGAUAUUGACACAAAGUUUCUUUUUUCAAAUGCGAAGAAUUCAAACACAGCAGAGCUCACCGAACGGGUUCGUGUUUUCUGGAGACAAUACCGUACGGUACUUUACCAAACGGUUCAGUUUCUCACAAUCGGUUUUCGACUGCUGCCAACCUAUUGUUCCUUAUGAGUAUCGUACGUAGUAGUGCAAGUACGAUUAUUAUGUACUUGUACCGUAUGCACAUUGUGUACUAGAAAAUGGACUGGUGUGGAACAUGAACUCACUCAUUAUUAUUUGUUGUCAUCGAACUAACUUUGGCGACAUUCAGUGUCUACUUAAUCGAAAUUACGGCCAGCUCGACAGAUGUUAAUGAAAAAUGUUGAAGGCUUUAAUUUCAAAUUUCAUGUUGUGAGCUAGCGGUGACGAUACCGGAAACUCUUUCGAGUACGUACGGUACUACGUACUGUAAUACGUACCGUACGAACGACCCCUUGUGAAACUGUUGUUAUCCACGAUGAUUUUUGAUUCCGUCUCUAGAUCUACGGUGUACAACACCUUACAGUGUAGUGGCAACCGAAUUCUAUCCAAUGAUAUUACAGUACUAUUAUUAUUUAUAAUUCCUUAACGACAGCAGCAUUGCUAAAUAAACGUUUGAUCUGACUGACAACCAUCUCUACAAUUUUUUACGUGCGAGUUUGAUGAUGUCAUCUUGUUUCAGAAAUGUGCGCGCAUGCACGCGUUCAAUUGACACCCUCUCUAGCGUGUUUCCAGUUCGAAGAACAGUUCUCUAGAAAUAUUUCUAGACUUAAAGAAAAAGGUUUAAGGGAUGCCCAGCCGUUUCGUUCGACAACAAUUCGAUUUUUUUAAAAUUCUCCCAUCCCCAUUUCCCCCCUCCCCCCCUCCACACGCAACAACUACCUUAGUCCAAAAAUAUUUCUAUUAGUUGUCCUUACUACUGGAGAGGUAAAUUCAUUGGUUACUACUUGAGAACUGUUAUUAGUGCUUACUACUCGAAAACCUCUAUUACUACUUACUAGUGGGGAUGUUAUACUAGUAGUGAGCACUGGUGCGAACUGCUGCUGUGUUGGGGGGUUUUGUUGGUCUUGCAGCUGUUGAACGAAACGACUGGGCUAUCCCUUUAGUCCUUCUGUACUGUACCGGAUGAAGAACUUCACAUUUGAUUGCAAAAUGAUGAUAGGCUCUCUAGUGUCACAUGAAUAUGUGUUUUACAAUAAAGAGAGAGCUUAUUCAUUAUCUACUCGUGAUUUAGGAGGCUCACACCACCCCGCACUUGCAGAAUCUAGUAGUAGUAGAGGCUCGUAUGAGUCAAAUACACUACUACUACUGGGUGCAACACAGUAGAUCUUGAAGAAGAUCUAGAUUUCAAGUGGAGCAAGAUGAGUCCAUUUAAAGAGGUUUGUUGUGGUACAGCAUCUAUGUUUUUGGGGUAGAAUUUAUUUGUGCUGCUGGUGGGGUGGUACUAUGUCACCAUUGAUAGUAGUUCUGAAGUUCUGAUCAGAUCCUCAUGUAGAUCUGGUAGUGAAUCUAUAUGAAGGUUCUUCUAUUCCAGACUUGUGACAUCUCUGUUCUUGGUGAGGUAUUCUCGUACCUCGUAUCUUGGACCUCUUAGGAUCCUUGGUACGAUGGAUUGUAUGAUAUAUAUAUAUAUAUAUAUAUAAAUAGUACAUUAUGAUAUGUAGGUAGGAAUGGUAUGUCCAUCCAUUCCAAGGGAGCAUCAUAUGUACGUAUGCUUCCUUUACGUACGUAUACUUUCCGGUACGUACAUAUCCGUUGCAUUAUCCCCGACAGGAAUACUGCCUUCAGUAUUACUACUAAACUGUAGCAAUCAUAUCUUCAAUAUUUUCAACAGGGGGUUGUUCCUCUAUUGUUGCUGGAUCUUUGGAAUUGGCAUUUGUAUUGACAGUUCUUUUGUAAGGCACAAGGUUCUGAAUGUUGACAGUUUCACGUACAUUGUCACUCCUUUGUAAGACGACUGUUCCGUUGGUAUUAAUUUCCACUAUAGGAUAGGGACCAUGUAAUCUUUCGGACAGCUUGUCUGGUUCAUAGUGUUUCAUGUAGGCUUGCUGUCCAACUUGAUAUCGAAAAGGUAUUCUCCUAGCAUUUUCUCUCCUAAGAUUCUCAUCCAUCUGGUGUUGUCAUUUAUCUCUGAUAAGGUUCAAAUCAGCAAUCAGUGGGAUAUCCAUAACCAUGUCACGGUUGAAGACCAGAGCUCCUGGUGAUGUCUUCACUGCUGCAUUUACUGCACAUCUGGUAGCAUGCAUUGCUGAGGUGAGAGCAUUGUCGAUUAGUUGAUCUUCAUCAAACUCAGCUUCUUCAAGUGAUUUGGUAUGAAGCAUGGCCCGCAGAACAUUGGCAAUCGUCUGAUGAACCCGUUCACAUACUGCGUUAGCUUGUGGAUUCUUCACAGUGGUUUGUACACUCUUAAUUCCAUAUUGAUUCAAGAGCUGUUUGAAUGAGUUUCCGAUGAAUUCUUUGCCAUUAUCGUGAAUACAUCUGUUGGGUCUGGGAUAAGGUGACAACCAACAGUUGGCAAAUUGCUCUGCAACAUGCUCACUUGAUUUGUUAUUGAUUCUGAUGAUUUCCAAUAGGUUAGUGACUGGAUCAAUGCAAGUGAGGGCAUUAAUCACCAAUUCAGUCUCAUCCAGGAGAAGUAUCUUCCAAGGGCCAAUCAAAUCCACACAUACUUCGUUCCAAGGAACAAGCUGAGCUUCCCAAGCUGGUAAUAAGCCAUGUCCCUGGUCUUGUUGCUUUAAUCUGUGGCACUCGUUGGGACACUGAUAUUGCUUGCACCUCUGGCUGAGUCGUGGAGCAUAAAAUCUGGCACUGAUAGUUUCAUAGAGUCGAGUGCUUCCACAGUGACCCAAUAAGAGGUGAUACCAUCUGAGGGUGUCAUCCACGAGUCCAUCGGGCAAGUAGAUCUUCCAAUUAUUGUUAUCAUUUGUGGUUACUGUGAGUAACUCAAAGGUGCCUAUCCUCCUCUUGACAUAGUGUGUUGGAUCAGUUUCAAGUAGGUGUUGACACUGUGGGUCUGUGAGCUGAUAAGUGUAAAGGCUUGCAUUUGUUAUKGGAUUUUCCAUCUCUGAUACUGGUGGUAAAUUGAGCAAGCAUUCAUAUAGUUCUGGCUCUAAGUAGAAAACAUCUUCUGGAUCAAUUUGGAGUGUCAAUUCCUUGAAAUUUACAACUGUUCCUUUAUUCUGAUAAUAUAUAUUUUCUUUUCCUUAUCCCCGACAGUGCAUGGAUCCAUUCUGGGCACUCUAGAGAAACAAUCUGCCAAUACAUUCUUCUUGCCUGGAAUAUAUUGCCAUGUGAUGUCAAAGCCUUCAAGGGACAGUUUCCAUUGAAGAACCCGGGACUGGGACAGUGUCCUGAAGAUAUGGUUUCUGUGGUCAGUGUAGAUGUUGAUUUUGCCACCGUAGAGCAUAUUCCGGUAUUCUUUGAGGCAAAGGAUCACUGAUAACAGCUCUUUUUCCAUCGUGGUGUAAUUCCGUUGGGUCUUGUUUAGUUUCUUUGACCAGUAGGCAAUUGGUUUUUCAUUUUGGAGUAUUGCUGCACMGAGCUGAUAAUCAGAUGCAUCAGUGUAAAUAUCAAAGGGGACUUCCAAGUCUGCAAAGGUGUUGAUCGCAUCAUGUGCAAGAAGAGCUUUCAUUUCCUGAAAGGAUUGGUUACACGCUGGUGUCCAAAUGUAAGGACCGGAUUCUGUCAGAGCAGUCAGGGGGGCAAGUACAUGGGACUUCCGCGGCCACAUGGAUUUGUAAUAAUGCACUGCACCCAGGAAUGAUCUUACUUGCUGUUGGUUCUGUGGGAUGCCCAUCUUGAGGAUGCCAUCGACUUUCUUUUGCCAUGGUUUACCACCAGUCGGGGUGAGCCAAUAUCCUAGAAAGUCAGACUCUUUCACUGCCCAUUCACAUUUCAGGGGGUUGAAUUUCAUCCCAUUUGAUGCUAAUCUUUGUAGGACUGGAUCCACCAAGGAAAGAUGCUGAGUAAAGGGUCCACAAGACCAGAUGCCCAUGUCGUCAAUAUAGACUUCAACAUCCAACCCAAAUAGGAUCUUAGUGAUAAAGGCUUGGGCAUAGUCUGGAGAUGAUUUAAGGCCCAUUGGCAAUCGGAUGCAUCUGUAGUUGCCGUGUGUUGCGGUGAGUGUGCAUAUCUUUUGGGUUUCCUCAUCCAAUUCAAAGCAGUAAAACAUCAUAGAGAGAUCAAUUUUAGUGAAGUGAUUGUACCAAGUUCUUCAGUUCAUGAUGUCCUGGAUUUUGGGGAGGUUAAACUUGGGACACUUGAUCCUUUUGUUUAACUCUCUGAGGUCAACAAGCCAUCUGACUCGUCCAUCCUUUUUUGGAAUGAUAAAGGCUGGGAAGCCCCAUUCUGAAUUGCCAGUGGGGGCAAUCACCCCUUCAUCAACCAGAUGCUGGCACUCUCGUUUGAAGACAUCCUUGUGUCUGUAAGGGACUGGGUAUGGAUUUAUGUAAACUGGUUCUGCAUCAUCUAGGAGAUCGAUGUGGAUCCUUUCAUGAGGGUACCGACCAAGUUUUCCAUCAAACAACUCCUGGUGUUUGGCUAACAUCUUUUGGAAUGCUAGUCUUUCUGAAUCAYUCAURUGCUCCUGAUGGUCUGCAACCUGCUUUGGAGUCACUUUCUGGUACUGCGCGUCCAGGAUUAUGUUUGGCUCUGUUCCAGUAGCUCUGGCAGCAUCUGCUGCCAAAUAGCUGACUGAACUGGCUGCACGUCUGCAGUUUUGUUGUUGGCAGCUGUUUGGGGGGAGUAGAUGAAACUCUAGGAAUCCUCCAUCUAAGAGCUCAUCGUCCUCUGCCAGCCACAUGGCCUCUGCCACUUGCUGGGGAUCAUUGAAAUUUAUCUAACGGUUUCAUAUCAAUGGUUGAAUCCAACCAUUUGAUGGUGCGUUUGGAAUAGAAGAGGUCUAUCCCUGUCAUCAGUAGGAAGUCUCUUCCKAGAAUCAUAUCAUAGUUGCAGGGGGCUGAGAAGAGCCAUGCAUUGAUACCUCUGAUGUAUUUUCCAUUGCCAAACUCAGGAAGGCGUAUAUUUGAGAUGAAAACAUAUUUAGAAGUGUCCAAGCUUCCCUGGGCUGUUGUUGUGACUGAACUGCAUUUGUCCUGGAAGGGGAUUACUCCUGGUGGAAGGCAACGCUCGUGAAUCAGACACAUAGUACUUCCACUGUCUAAGAGGACCUUGAAUGUCUGCAUUGUUGGUAGGUCUUGGAUGGUCUUACAAACAAAUAUGACUGCUGGUAGCACAUCCGGUGGUGGUUUCAGAGCUUGUAAGGUCACUGCUGUUGGAUUCUUAAGAUCUUCUUCAUUAUCAAGACCAUAGAACUCAAGGCUCUCUUCUGGGGAUUGAGUUGAUGGUGUUGGAGGCAAUGCUGCAAAGAAGGCUUCUCGUCCCUCGCUGGAUGGUCACCACUGCUGGUUAGGUCCUUGUCCUUGGAAUCGGACUGCUGACCCAGCAUUGCUAUUGGACUGUAAUGAGACGUGGCUUGGAGGGCCUCCACUGGAGCUGGAUCCAUUGUGUGUUGCAAGCUGAUAAGUCUGAGGUUGACUUACAGUUUGUGGUUGGAAAUUCAUAUCUCCACUCUCAUCAAUGUUGACUGUAUAGGUGCCUGGUGCAAACCUCUUGUUUGCAUUUGAAUUUCCUUGACGGCUCUGAUUUCCUCUGUUAUUGUUGUUGUUAUUCCUUCUGUUGUCAUCCUGCCAAUCGUUGCCGUUCUUGUUGAAUGGACAUUGGCCCCAAGUGUGUUCUCCAUUGUGCUUUCUGCAGGGCCUUGCAUUGAUCUUCUUCUGUCUCUCAUCUUCAUUGCCAGAAUUGUUGUUGGUAUUUCCCUGUCUUUGUCUCUUCCCAUUCCUCUUGUGGUCACCAGAGUUGUUCGAGGCUCUCUUCGGGACUGAUUGUGUUGUUGCUCCUCAUCUGCUAUUCCUUUCUGGUCUGUCAUGUAUUGUACUAUCUGAGUGAUGGACUCGUUGAGGAUGUCUUUCCCACAAAGGAUGUAACCAUUCUGCCAUUGUUUGGGAAAGGACCUAAAAAGGAUUUGUUUGAUCUCCCUUUCAGAUAAGGGCUGCCGGAUGCCAUGAAGAAGGUUGGCUCUGGCACAACAGGUUUCAAUUCUAUCCGCAUGAGCUUGACAGGAGCUUGUGAGUGGCUUCCUAGUGGCGUCCAAGUAUAGGUAUUCAAUGACUUCAUCCCUGGCCCUCUUUGAUGGCGCAUACAAUUUCCUGAAGGUCAGGAGAGCCUCUUUCCACUGUUCCUUGUUAGUUCUCUGUACUUCCAGUCUAUUGUUAUUCCACAUGUUGUUCCACUUCUGUCUGGGCCUAUGCGCAAGGACCAUCUGCCACUUCUGAUCAAUUUGUUCUUCUCUCAAUUCCAAAUCCACUAUUGCAUCUUCAAAAUCCUCCUCGAUAUGGAAUAGUUCCUGCAAUCCGUAUUCACCUGAAAUGACUAGGCAGCUUCUUGUCAGUUUCUUUGCUGGUUCCCUGACUAUUACUCUUCUUCCAACAGUUUCUGUUACAGCCGGAUGAUUCACAGAGAUGGUAGUUGAAUUGAGCUUAUUGGUGUCAAAGCUGUUGAUUAGGGUGAGGCAGGAUUGAUGUGUGUGUUGUCGAUGUUGUUUGGAAGAGGAGUUGGUGUUUUUGUUUGGUUUCACCAUGGUCAAUUGAUUCAUUUGGUUGUUUUUCUUAAUGGUUGAUUAAUUUUGAUACACGAAAACUGGUUAGUAAUUACUGUGCACGAGAUUACGUGUACUCUUAGUAAGUGUUUAAGUGUGUAUGAAAAUUGAAUUAUAAGAUUAAGAUUAUUGAGCGUGUUCACGAGAGUUCCGAAGUUCUGAUCAGAUCCUCAUGUAGAUCUGGUAGUGAAUCUACAUGAAGGUUCUUCUAUUCCGGACUUGUGACAUCUCUGUUCUUGGUGAGGUAUUCUCGUACCUUGUAUCUUGGACCUCUUAGGAUCCUUGGUACGAUGGAUUGUAUGAUAUAUAUAUAUAUAUAUAUAUGAAUAGUACAUUAUGAUAUGUAGGUAGGAAUGGUAUGUCCAUCCAUUCCAAGGGAGCAUCGUAUGUACGUAUGCUUCUACUUUCCGGUACGUACGUAUACUUUCCGGUACGUACUUAUCUGUUGCACCCCUUCUUAUCUCUUCCUCAGCAACGUUGUGAUCCUUCUCCAUCCUAAUGUUGUGCCUUUCAACUACAUCUAAAUUAUUGACAGGCAUGAUAGAGCAGUGAUCACAGAUAGGACAUUCAAACCUGUCUAGCUUUCCUUGAUCAAAAUCACAAUCAUCCUGUACUCUAGACUGUCACUCCUGCAGGUAGACCUUCCCUUUCUUGUGCUUGAACACUUUGAGUCUAGUGCUCUGUUCAUCAUCUUUCAUUGCCUUCUUUACUGCUUUUGAAGCUGUUUCAAGCACAGCUACAGCUGCAGCUGUCCUCCUGCUUUCUCUUUAUUGUUGAUCCCUCCUCUUCCUGAUCUCCAUUGCUGUAAAUAAGAUGGCAAGCACUGUAGCUGUGUAGGCCUGGUUCUAUUUUGUCCUCCUCAUGUGAAAAGUGUUCCCUGUUGUAUUUAUACUGUGGUAAAGCCUCUGCAUCUCAAGGGACUAGUAGGCGUUGCUGUUCCCUUGAGGAAAGACAGCUUUGAUAAGAUCCUGAUUGAGCUUCUUGUCUCUAAUUCUAAGCAGCAAAGCUCUCUUUUCUUUCAGUGAAAGAUUCUUCCUCUUGGCCAGUGCAGCUUGUGCUGUCUUGAACAAAGGAUGGAAUGUGGCUGGUGUUGUUUCUGGAGGAGCUGUGGUGGUGGUGCUGUUGGUGGUGGUAGCUUUAGGAGACCAUCUCUUGCAUCCUUCUCUUAGGAAUUCAUUGUAUACUAUAGGGGGAGGAACUGAUUGCCAACAACAAAAAAGAAGUUGUUGUUGUAAAAAAAGGAAGCUGGCACUAAACACACUAAAACAAUACUUCUACUGGAUCCUUUUCUACAGUUCAAGGAUUGUUAAAUCGACAAUUGAAGAGAGCUAUCCAUUGAUACCAAGUACAUUAAGAAAAGUGAGUAGAAGUCCUUCAAAUAGACCAUUUCUCAUGGUCAGUUGCUUUGAAUCAAGGAGUUUUUUUUAAUGAAUGAAAAGAACAGUUCUAGCUUACUGGAGGGAAGUUUUAGGUGGUCCACAACAGUAGACUGGAGUGUAGUUGUAGGUCUGUUGUUGGUGAUUGUUUUGGCUUUUGACACCAUGGUUCUGAAUGGAGAAGUGUCGUACAUUGCUACGUGAUUUAGUACUGGUUCUCCACCAGAAUUUUCAGAUAAAUUCAGUGAAAAAGACGCUUCCCAGAAAAGCAAUCCUCUAGAAUCCUCUAGAGUGCUCAAGGGCCAGGGAGUGGAGCAGUAAAUCAAGCUGCUCUGUUAAGAUUGUGGUAUAGGCUGAUGAGCUGAGGUUAGUUCUUUUUGCUGCUCAUAACCUGCAAAAUGCUGAUAGGCUCUCUAGUGAUGUAUGAAUACACAUUUUACAAUAAAGAGUGAGCUUAUUCACUAUCUACUUGUGAUUUAGGCUCACAUCAAUACCCCAAUUUUUCAACAGCCAACUGACAGACAAGCAGAUGCAUUAGGUCAUUCCUAUUAUUCUAAGAAAACUCUAACAACUAUCUAGAUUCAUGCCAAUUUUAUAUAGGACUACUUGUUCAACGGACAGACUGCUGGCUUGGGAUCUCUCUAUGUAAGAAUUUGGAAUCUCAAAUAGUGCAAUGUAAUGACUACUAAAGAGAGGACAUUGGCAAGCUGGCUCCUUCUGGUACCAGCAAAAACAUGAAAUUUCAGCAUUAUCUACUAGCACAGCAACCACCAGAACCAAGAAGCCUUCUUAUCCUCAAUUGAAGACCAUAUUUUUCUUUUGGCAAGCAUCACAGCAAGAUCAAAAUGGGAGUACUUGAGACAAUUAUCUUCUACUUGGCACUCAAGGAGUAUUCAAGGCUAGUUGAACAACACGUUUGGGCUGCUGUUGAUGGCCUCAAAUUAUUGAUACAGCAAUUCAGUAACUGGCACAUAAAGCAACAGUUCUUCAAUGGAUGGAAGGAAGACACUUUUGUGAAUGGCGUCUUUGUCUUUGCACUGGAUGGUAGGAUCUGUACGUGCAUGUUAAAUUGCCCUGGUAGGUUGAAAGACAGUUCAAUGUCCAACUUUGGUGUAUAUGAGAGGAUAGAGAGGGUCUUCAACACCAGUGGUGGAAGUGUUGUUGCUGCUCAGCAAUUAGUCUCCAAUAGAAGGAUUACCUCAUCAAGAGCUCAGCACAGAAGGAUCAGAGAACAAUGAGGGACUCUUGAUGUUGGUGUAGGGGAUGCACAUGAUCCAAAGGCAGUUCCCUCCCUUGAAAGACAAAGUUGUCCUCCACUUCAUGAUCUGCCUUUACAACUGGCAGUGCAGUACUGUUGGUCACAAAAAGAUCCUCACCUUCUUCAUGUGCCAUCCGCCUGCUGUUUUGGGUCAACCAAUACCAAAGAAGCUAACUCCCCUCGGACAAGGAUACUUCCAAGAAGGAAGAGUUCUCUCCCCAGAUGCCAAUGCACUGUUUCUUUGAGGAAGGAAAAAGGAAAAUCCCAUGGUGAGAUUAGCCAACUUUUAGCAUCAAAUCAUAAUUGAUUGUUGACGCUAAUCAAUUGAUGUGUCAAUGCAUGAUCAAUAGUACAAUAUGACAAUGCUCAUGGUAUCAAUGCUCUCAUAAACAAUGGUGAAGACAGCAAUCAGCAACACAGCGUGAUGACAGCAGUACACUUUGACCUACCUUGCUAUCCCAUGGUGCUUACGGUUUUGCUUUAGGUGUUGUUUGUUGAAUUUGCAAUUAUACCACUUCAAUGAAUAGGAACGAGUAAACUCACAUAUGGAAGCUACACCACAUCCUUGUGCUUUUGUAAGAAUGUGUUGUUCUUAGUAUCUAUUUUUCUGAAUACUCCUUACGGGAGGAAUCUCCUCUAUCAAAGAUGUGUUAGUGUCUAUUUCAUGGGAAUCAAUACCAAAGCAAUGCAAUAUGAAUAAGUUGUACACAUACUGUAAUGAAGAUAAAUUCAAGAUUUAACCAACGCCCCAGUUGUUGUAUUGAAUGAUCAUAUAUUGGAGUGAAUAAAAAUCAUAUAAUGAGACAGAGCAACCAUUUCUAAACCUGGAUACUGCUUUAACAUAGCAUAUUGCAAGGGGAAAGUAUUCUAAUCUGCUAGUAUAACAUGGUGUAAAGUGAGGAGCGGAAGCUCCUCUAAAAGUUGCACUCACUAGCUCAUUUGACAGUCCUCUACUGAUAUUGUCAUGAAUUCAAUUGUUAUUGUUAUCAUGACCAUGGUCAUGACAAGGAUGCUUUUCAAGGUGAGAAGACAACCAUGCCAAUGCUAGUGUUGCUACAAUGCUUAGGAACUUGUUAGCUGAUUCCUUCAUAUCUCUCAUGUCAUGUCAAUCUUCUUUUCUUUCAGCCUUCUGCUGCUGCAAGGACAUGGACAACACUUCCAUGAUGUUUGGCCCAUCACUACUGGAGGAGAAAGAUCAAUAGGAUCUCUUCUUUAUUGUUGAUGCCUUGUUGUUGUUGCUAGCGGGGAUGUUGCUGGUGGAGAUAGCUUCCUUCAUUGUUGACUCUUUGUUUCUGGCAGGGACUACUUGAACUUACGCCUCAAGUGUUUUGAACAAUGAUAGCGGCAAGCCACUGGCAUGCCGUCCUUGUACUCAAGAUAAUCGACACCUGGCUUGCUGCACUCAGGACAAGUCCCCCCCCUCGGAUCCAGGUUACAGUUGAACUUGCAGCAGUAGCAAGCCAUCCUUACAUCCAGUAUGCCCUUGAGCCUAGGACGACCCUUCUUGUCCCUGCUCACUUCAUCAUGGGCUGCAACAGCAACAUCAUGCUCCUUCUCCAUCCUCAUGUUGUGCUUUUCAAUCUCUUUUAAAUCAUCCACAAGCAUGAUGGAAUAGUGGUCACAGAUAGGGCAUGGAAACCUAUCCAGCUUGGCUGGAUCAAAGUCCCAAUCAUCCUGUACACGCGACUGUCCCUUCUGCCAGUAGACCUUCCCUUUCUUCUGUUUAGACGCCUUUAGUCUAGUGCCCUGAUCCUCUUCUUUCAUUGCCUUCUGUACUGCUCUGGAAACAGUCUCAAGCUCAGCUACAGCUGCGGCGGUCCUUCUGCUGCUAUCCCUUUUUUGCUGAUCCCUCCCCUUCCUGAUCUCCAUCCCUGUAAAGAAUUUGGCAAGCAAUGCAGCUGAAUAGGCCUGGUUCCAUUGUUUUUUGAUCCUGUACUGAGUGCUUCCUGUUAUGGUUACAUCAUGAUACACCCUCUGCAUCUCAUGGGACAGGGCGUCCCCCCCAGGAAAGACAGCUUUGAUAAGAUCUUGGUUGAGCUUAUCUCUAAUUCUAAGCAGCAAAUCUUUCUUUUCUUUCAGUGAAAGAAACUUCCUCUUGGCCAGUACAGCCUGUGCUGUCUUGAACAACGGAUGGGAUGUGGACGGUUUUAUCACUGGAGCAGGAGGUGGUGGUGGUGGUGGUGCUGCUGCUGCUGGCGCCACUGGAGGAGCACCACAAGGAGCUUCUUGUUGCUGAUCCGAAUCCUCCACAGAUGAAUCAUCCAAGAGCAAUCCAUCAGCAUGGCCUGGUGCCAGAGCUCUAUUCAGCUGUAGGAGACCAUCCCCGGCUUCUCUCUCUUGUGUAUUCAUUGUAUAAAGGGGGGGAAGGAGCUGAUUGCCGACGUCGGAAGAAGCAGUCGUCGUAAAAAAAGAGUCCCUACUAUAACACACUAUAAAAUCUGUUACACUUGCUUGUUUGCAACAGUUAAGGGCUUGUUAAAUCGACAAUGGAAGAGAGCUAUCGAUUGAUACCGAGUAAAGUAAGAAAGAGUGGUGAGUGGAACAAGUUCUCUAAAAGCGGAUUCCCAUGGUCGGUUGCUUUGAACCGGGGAGUUUUUCUUUAGAAUGAAAAGAACAGUUCUAAAGCGUGCUGGAAUCAGCGGGCUGGAGGCAGGUAGAGGUCAAGACAGUAGGCCUCAGUACAAUUUUGAACGCUGAAUCAAAACCCUUCUAUUUUGACCAAAAUGGCAAGGCAAGUACCUUGAUCCACGAUUUUCUACAGGAUUUUCUACAUAGCUUUGUACUAGGAUCCAUCCAAAAGUCCUACCGUACUGUGCUAACGUUCCGAAUGUUAACACUAACAUUCGGAAUGUUAACGCUAACAUUCGGAACGUUAAAUUAAACUAACGUUCCGAACCCCUUAAUUAACGAAAGUUCAAUUGUUAUUUUACGCGUAGUAAGCCACCAUUUCGUUCACUGGUUUACUUCGUACGAAGUACCAAGUACUAGGUACGUACUGGUACCAUGCCAAAAUGAUUGCGGUUCGCGUGGAGUGAUAAAAGCCCACUGAACAUGGUUUAUGGCUGACUCAUUCAUUCAUAACCGGUACCCGUACUCAUCAGUUGCUUUUGCAAAACGAAAUGUUCUCAUCAUUUCUAGUGCCGUGACUUUGUCUCCUUUUCAAUUUCCGCAAAGAAUUUCCGCAAAGAAAAUCGCAUUAGCACGAUCUUCUCAAACAGUGUAUUCCACUAAAGAGGCUGCCAUGAACUCCCCUUUGUCAACUGUAUCUUUUCUUGCAGAUUCCUCCACUUUAGCAGCUGUGGUCACAGUCAUUGGAUCGACGCUCGCUUUGAAUCGCUACUUCAGGAUUCAGCGUGAUCGAAAGCGUUUGGGAAAUUUUCCUAGCUCAACGCCGUCCUUCCUUCCCUCGUUUGAUUUACUGCAUGCCAUCCGUGCUGGAACCUUAGAGAAGUUUGUGGAGAGUCGAAAAAAGGCACUCGGUUCCGACUGCUUUUACAUUCGACUUCCUGGGAUGGCAAGACAUACUCUAUGCAUCAUAAACCCAGAGGAUCAUGCCGAAGUCUUGCGCAAGGAGAGAAAACUCAAACUAAUUGUGGAUCUGCCCGAUACUCUUAAUGAGACUCACGGUCCAGGAUCGCUCCAGGCUCUUUCUGGUAACCAGCAUAACUUUUAUCGCAAAAUUUUUGCCAGCUUACUGAGUCCUGCAGCCCUGGAGAGCUUUACCCCUUUUCUCUUUGAUGCCUUUUCUCAAAUGUGGGCAGAUCUUGAAGAAAAAUCUGUUGAGGGUGAAAGCCCAGUCGUCAUCCAGGAUGCCAUUUGCAGGACCCAAUUCUUCCUCAUGUCGAAAGUUUUGUACGGUAUGACCCCCGAAAGUACCUCCAUGGAUAUGAUUCUGCAGAUGCGCGAUGACUUUGAGGCCCAGCUUGAAGGGCACUUUGCCCCCCGAAUGAGUGCGAAGUUUAAAUUGGCCAAAGAGGGGUCCAAGCGCAUACAUGAUGUGUUACGAAAGAAAUUUGAGCUCAUCCUCGAAGAAAGGCGUCACUUAUUCGAAAGUAGUAAUGGAGAAGAAAAGAAAGAUUAUGAUGAUAAGAACAUCAUGAUUGGGAAUGCAAUGGAAUCCGUCGCAGAUGCGCUGCUGAAGGAAGGUGCGGACCGUGAUCUGAAGGUGCUUGAUGAAACCAUUGAUAACUUUGACCUCUUGCUGGAGGCUAGUCAUGGAACAACGAUGACUAUGACAACGACUGCCAUGUAUUACCUAAAUAUUGCCGAAAAUUCGGUCCAUCUUCAAAAUCUUCGAGAGGAGGCCAAUUCAUUUGGGUCAGAUCAUUUUCCAACGUUUGCCAACCUGAAAAGUGAUAUGCCCUAUGCAGAGGGAGUAAUCAAGGAGGCGCUCCGCCUGGCCCCUUUCACUGUGGGGUUAGCGUAUGCCAUGGAGGAUAAUAUAGCUUUUACCUUCAAGGGACAGAAAAUGCAGGGUCCCAUGAGUUUUUUCAUGAGUUUCGGACAGAACUUCAAAAAUCCGUCGUUGUUCCCAGAGCCGGAUAAAUUUCUUCCAGAGAGAUGGAUUCCGGGUAGCAAGAGCUACGUGAGUAAGGAAGCCCAGGCAGCAUUCACUCCCUUUGGUAUGGGCCGUCACCUCUGCCUUGGUUAUCAGCUUGCAAUGCUCGUCAUGAAGAGUUCUCUGUACUGCUUUGCCAAGGACGAGACUCGUGUCAUUAAGUUUGACGCCGAAAAAACUCGGGUAAAGCCUGGUCUUUUUCCUUCGUAUUCUGUUUCAGACGGACUCCUUGGGCGUGUUACAAAGAAUUAAUGAACAUAUUUUUGAGAAAUUUUUCCCAUCCAGGCCUGCUUUCAAAAGAAGGAUAAGCAAUAAAUUUCGUAAGUAUGG